UCAGUCGGCUGUGGACAAGUUCUUCUGCCCAAAGCUCCUGCUCUGCUCAGAACUGGGGUGUGAUGGUCUCAGGGAGUUUUCUCAGAGGGCUUUCUGCUAUGGAGCCCCACCUUUUGUCAUUCUGAACAUGCAGCAGUGGAAGUCAGAGGAGCUGUCCUACGUCCCUUACCACCUGGCUCUGUGCCAGCACAGGUACUUAUUAGAGGGCGCCACACUUUUCAACAAGGAAGAGCAUCACUACUCCGCAGCUUUCCAGAUCGACGGCUGCUGGAUGCACUAUGACGGAUUGAGGAGUGACAAUCUGAUCCUGUUACACAAGCCACCGGAGCUCCUGCUGCUCUCCUCCCUGGUCUACAUCCGCGCCUCUGACAAAUGAACCGAGCUGACCCGGAGUACGGACGGACACUCAAAAGCCCGAAA